AGAACUAGAGAGAGAGAGAGAGAGAGAGAGAGAGAGAGAGAGAGAGAGAGAGAGAGAGAGAGAGAGAGAGAGAGAGAGAGAGAGAGAGAGAGAGAGAGAGAGAGAGAGAGAGAGAGAGAGAGAGAGAGAGAGAGAGAGAGAGAGCAGAAAAAAAGACUAGUGAGAAAGGCAAAGUGAGAGAAUAGAACAAGUUAGCAAGAGACAGGCAGAGACGAGAACAUUGGUGGUAUUUUUAUUCUGACCACAGAAACCUGUUGACAUGCUUCCGUGAUGACAGCCCAUCUCUUGCUUCUGCACUCGGGUUCCUCAAAACUUGGGCAACUUUUCAGCUGAAGGCAACAAUGACAGACGGGCUGAUUGGAAGAGAAAAAAGAGAGAGUGAGAGAAGGAUACAGUGAAGAAGGAGAAAAGUUGAGAGACAGAGAGAGAGACAGAGAGAGACAGAAAGAGAGAGAGAGACAGAGAUUGUACAAGCCACCGGGGCCUUCAAAGCCAUGUAACAUGACAGAGGGCACUGCUUGGGGACGCGCUGCACCAUGGAACUCCAAGCUCAGCUCCUGAGGAGAUUCCUGGCCCAGUUUGCCAGCAAAGAGGCCACAUCGGCUCAUGAAGAUGGUGCCUAUGCGGUUGAGUUCUUGAAACUGAAGAGGCAGUCCACUAAGUACCGUACAGACAAGACCUACUCCACCAAGGCUGCUGACAGGCAGGAGAAUGUUAAGAAGAACAGAUAUAAGGACAUUGUUCCAUUUGAUCACAGCAGAGUGAAGCUUUCACUGAUCACCUCCAAAAAUGACACGGACUACAUCAAUGCCAAUUUCAUCCGGGGAGUUUGGGGGCCAACGGAGUAUAUUGCCACUCAAGGCCCACUGCCACACACAGUUCUGGACUUCUGGAGGAUGCUUUGGGAAUACAACGUGCAGGUCAUCGUGAUGGCUUGCAGGGAAUUUGAAAUGGGAAGGAAAAAGUGUGAGCGAUACUGGCCUGAAACUAUGGUGGAUGUGUUUGUGUGCGAACCGUUUAAGAUAUACUGUGAAUCAGAAGAGAACAAGGGAGACUAUUUGAUAAGGAUCCUGAAGGUGACUUUUAAUAAUUCGUCUCGCACACUGAAGCAGCUGCACUAUAUGAACUGGCCUGAUCAUGGCGUACCAGACUCCAUCCCCCCCAUUCUGGAGAUGCUGCAGGACAUGCGUGUGUUCCAAGAGCAGGACGAUGUGCCCAUCUGCAUCCACUGCAGUGCGGGCUGUGGAAGGACAGGGGCGCUGUGUGUCAUUGACUACACUUGGAACCUACUGAAAAAACAAAUGAUACCAGAGAACUUCAGCAUCUAUAACCUGGUUCAGGAAAUGAGAACACAGAGGCCUUCCAUAGUUCAGACUAAGGAGCAGUAUGAACUGGUGUACAGAACAAUUCAAUUCCUGUUUGAGAAGCAUCUGCAGAUGAUGCAGUCAAACUCAAAGAAAAAGGAGGUUCUAGCUGCCCCUCCACCCAUCCCUGUAGACAGCGACAGUGAAGUUUCAGACUUCAGUGAGUUCGAGGAUGAGCCAGAACCUGUAGAAGAGAAUAGACUGCAUCCAUGCUAUGACCACAGGUGUCCUGAAAAGGAAGGUCCUACAGAAUUUUCCAACCAUGUUGCACCAAGUGCAGUCUCACAGCCACUGGCACCUCAUUUGCGACCUCCCAGUCCACUGGGCCCUAAACGCACACCCACAAAUGUGCUCAAUGGCAUGAAGAACUGGGCCAAGUCUAAAAUUUCCCCAAGACCUACUGCCACACCAAGUCAACUGCAGGUGACAGAUCUUGGAUAUCAAAAAUUCCAGAUACCUAAACCUCCUCCAGUUCAGAAAACAAAUGUUGGAAAUCCCCAAACACUCAAACCUUUCACAUUUCAGGAAACAGAUCUUGGACACCAGAAAUCCCAGAUACUUGAACCUCCUCUUCUGUGGCAAACAGAUCUUGGAUAUCAAAAGUCCCAGAUACUCGAAUGUCCACCACUGCAGUCAACAGAUCUUGGAUACCAAAAGUCCCAGCUAUUUGAACCUCCACCACUGCAGUCAACAGUGCUUGGAUACCGAAAGUCAGAGAUACUCGAACCUACUCUGCUGCAGCCAACAGAUCUUGGAUACCAAAUGUCCCAGAUACUCGAACCUCCUCUGCUGCAGCCAACAGAUCUUGGAUGCCGAAAGUCCCAGCUAUUUGAACCUCCACCACUGCAGUCAACAGUGCUUGGAUACCGAAAGUCAGAGAUACUCGAACCUACUCUACUGCAGCCAACAGAUCUUGGAUACCAAAUGUCCCAGAUACUCGAACCUCCUCUGCUGCAGCCAACAGAUCUUGGAUGCCGAAAGUCCCAGCUAUUUGAACCUCCACCACUGCAGUCAACAGUGCUUGGAUACCGAAAGUCAGAGAUACUCGAACCUACUCCGCUGCAGCCAACAGAUCUUGGAUACCAAAUGUCCCAGAUACUCGAACCUCCUCUGUUGCAGCCAACAGAUCUUGGAUGCCGAAAGUCCCAGAUACUUGAACCUCCUCAAGUGCAACCAACAGAUCUUGGCCACCGAAAGGCCCAGAUACCUAAACCUCCUCGACCUCAGAAAACAGAUCUUGGAUGCCGAAAGUCCCAGCCACUCGAACCUCCUCCACUUCAGGAAAUGGAUCUUGUACACCAGAAAUCCCAGAUACUUGAACCUCCUCUUCUGCAGCAAACAGAUAUUGGAUACCAAAAGUCUUGGAUACUUGAUCCUUCACCAAUUCAGCAAACAGAACUUGGAUGCCUAAAGUCCCAGAUACCUAAACCUCCUCGACCUCUGAAAGCAGAUCCUGGCUGCCAUAAACCCCAAAUACCUGAAACUGCUAUAACAAACCAAACCCAACAUACUGACACUCUGAAAUCCAAUAAUCUCUUCAGACCAACACCAGUACAGGAGUCCAGCCCACAUCAGACGCAUCAGGCAGAAAUUAGCAAUGAGAGUGCGCUUCUGCAGGCUCCCUCUGUUUGUCUUACAGUGGAGGAUCCAUAUUUUGGCCCAGAUGCUCCUCUGUCCCCUGAGUCUACAGCGUGUACAGAAGCAGUACCCCUCUGCACGGAGAACUCUUGUUUCACCGGCCCCACUUUGGUUCUUAAAACUCUGAGUAUUGAACUGCCAAUGCAGGCCAAAAGUACAGUUGUGACUACACCUGUGUCUGAUGACGACAGUCCUCCUCCUCUACCUGAGAGAACCCCAGAAUCCUACAUUUUGGCUGGCGAAGAACCUCCACAAAAUCUCAUUCCUACUCUUCAGUGCACAACUGAUUCGUCUGUGUUGAAUGGUACAGUACAUAUUUAUGUCUCCAUUAAAAAUGAAUUUCAGUGUUUAAGUCGAUGUAGUUUUCCAUGGACCAUUAGUAGUGGGACAAAUGUGACUGCUUAUGUAAAACCUGCAGUGUGUCUUUUAGCCACAGAUAUGGGCGAUAAGGAUGAGACAGGUGAUGCGGCUGACACAAGCAAUAUGGGCUAUAUGAGUGUUGACCAGAGCUUGACAUUGGUCAUCCCACCCGAUAAUUUUUCAAUCAGUGGAGGAGGAAGCCCUCCUUCUCCUACACCGCCUUUGCCAGAAAGAACUCCAGAGUCUUUUGAAAUGGCUAAUGAUGAAGAUUUAUUACAGAACGCGGUACAAGAAAAGCCCCAGGAAACCGUGCUCAGGGUCGGGAAAUCCUCUGAAUGGUCUGGGAAUUCAAACGUAGAUGUGCCAGAUUUUAAGAGGUCCUGUUCCAGGAGCAAGAGUGUAAAAGCUAGACUGUCACUUAAUGUUCCAGUUAACAUCCAGUCCUUUACUCCAUUUCACAUACCUUCAGAAGAACCUCCAAAGAUUCUCACUCCUCCUCUCCUUGAACAUACACCUGAUCCUUUUCGGAUAGAUGCUUCAGAGAUGCUGGCUCCUGAUACUCCUCCACUCCCCAGAAGAACCCCAGAAUCUUACAUCGUAGUCACAGAAGAAGCUCAAAGCAACAGCGCCCCCUGUCAGUCUGAAACAGUCCAGCAACGACAGAGAUUGGGUACCUCGUCUGAGUGGGCAGGAAACUCCCAGCCCAGUACAUUCCAAGAGCUGAUGGCCAGAAGCAAGAGCGUUAAAGUGAGAAGUACAAAACAAGAGUGUUUAUCUGUGGUUCCUCAGCCUAAUCCUGAUGUUGGGGCUACGGCAGAGUCUGUAUUAUCUAGAGCGGAGGACCAGACACCAGUGGACAGGAGACCUCCUGUAGUGGAGCAGCCUGAGAAGACAUCAAUACCCAAAAAGUGCAGAACCAAGAGUUUGAAGUUAUGGAAAGGAAAACAGAAAAUGAAAGAAGCUCCUGUGUCUGGUUCUGUUCCUCCAAACCAAGGUGCUGCUGCAGGAUUCAUAUUUAGUUUUGGAACCCGUUUUGGGAAACCCAAAGGACCGAGGAGUCAGCCAGAAACAUGGGUGUAAAUGAAACAGGAAGUGCAUCACCGUGGUCAGUGGGUGUAGUGAUGGAGGAACUACCCUCCUACAUCAGGUUCCCAUUCGAAGAAAAAAUGACUGAUAUACAAGAAGACAAACAAGAGAAGGAGAUACCGUAAUGAAUGAAGCUCAGUGGCUUUAAAUGUUAAUUAAAUUGGCAUUUUGGUCAAUAACUUGAACUUUACUACAUAGUGUUUUUUUUUGGGCUCAGGUGAAAUCCCACAAAAUAUUGCAACAGAUAAUGUCAAAAACUAUGUACCAUAGUGGGUAGAGAAUAUCCUUAAUGCAUCUAAGACAUAUUACAGAUGGUCAGCCUCUGAAAUAUACUUCACAUGGUGGAAGUUGGACAUUUUCUACUAUAAAUAGUACUGAACUACAGGCUUCAAACGGACAUAUUUCAAACUGCUCUCAAUGACAUGUAACAUUGUCGGUUUCCUUCAAAAGUGAAAAGGGAGGAAAUUCUCACAUUUGCAUCAUCUGAGUUGUUUCAGUAGUUACCACAAGUUAAGUACUUUGUGGAGUUGAAAUCAAUCUUGAGAUUCUUAACUUGUAGCCUCAAAAUACAUACAUUUGUGGCUACACCUUAUUAAAAAAUAACCACAGACAACGUAGAAGUUAGGGGUUUUUUUUAUUGCAGUUGUUUCAAAUACCCGUUUUUCUGUCUCGUUCUUUUUAUAUCUAUAUGGUACUGCUUUGUUAAAAAAAAAAAAAAAAAGUUAAAUUAAUGAGUGAUUUUAGCUUUACUACUGAUAGAUCCUCUUCUGUUAGACAAUCAGGAUCAGCCAAAGGACUGCUGCAUUGUAUGCAUUGGAACAUGUAUGCUACUGUUUUGUCUGUCAUUUGCACUGUAACUUCAGCUCUUAUUUAAUUUUUAACUAUAACCUUUCUGUGUAUAUAUAUAUAUAUGCGACAGGGUUGUAGCAGUGUGGACUGUCUCAGUGACUACUAGCUUGUAGGGCAAAACCAGACGGUGGUACGAGCUGGAAAGACAAACUUCAAGCUGAUGUCUGUAUAAGCAUACACUUGAUUGGUAUUUUAUUUGAUUCAUUCUGUGUGUAAAUAGCAGAGUUCUCUUUUCGACAUGUAUAAGAAAAUUAGAGGUGGAAUGGUAUGAAUAAUUUAAACAAAUAAUUUAAUGCAGCAGGAGUGCAGGUGUUAAAUUAUUAUAUUAUUUACAAUGUACAAAUACAGUUUUGUCUGUCCUUUUAAAAAAAAUAUAAGAUGAGAUGUGCCUUGAGUUAUUAUUAUUAUUAUUAUUAUAAAUAAAUAAAUAAAUAUUUUUUAAAAAAAUCA